CUGCGUAUAGAGCCCGUGGUUCCAUUCCAUCUUCCUCCGGCAAAGGAGAUGAUAGGCCUGUCGUCCGUGCGACUUCCCUCCCAUCGAAAUCUCAUGGAAACCCUAACCCUAAUCUCGCCUCACUUCGGCAUAAUUUCUUCUCUGUCUCAUCGCUCUCCUCCUCUUCGAAGAAUCCUUUUCAAAUCCCAGAUCUCGACGAGCUUGGCAGAAGUAGCCCGGAGCACCGCCAUUGGAUGUGCGAGUUCCUCAAUGGCAUCGGCUGACAAAUUCUUCCCUAUAAGUGGUGUAGAGGAAGCUUUGAUGGGCUUUAUCACUGGCAAGAGAAAAGUGACAGAGGUAGCUCACUCUGUCUGGAAGAAUAUCAUUCGAGAUGGAGAUACAGUGGUUGAUGCUACUUGUGGCAAUGGGCAUGAUACAUUGGCAUUACUUAAGAUGGUAGCUGAUCAAUCAGGCAGGGGAUGUGUUUAUGGAAUGGACAUUCAGACCUCUGCAUUAGAGAACACUUUAUCCUUAUUGGAGAAAUCAGUAGAUAGUAAUGAGAGGAAACUGGUUAAGCUCUUCUCGCUUUGUCACAGCAGGAUGGAGGAUGUCAUCCCAAAAGAUACCUCAGUUAGGCUUGUAGCAUUCAACUUGGGCUAUCUUCCGGGUGGAGACAAAACAAUAAUUACGAUGCCAGGAACAACACUAAUGGCAUUGCAUGCUGCUAGUAGAUUACUGAUGUCGGGGGGAGUCAUCAGCAUCAUGGUUUAUGUGGGGCAUCCUGGUGGGAGGGAUGAACUGGAAACUGUUCGAUCUUUUACCUCUAGCUUGCCUGUUGAGAGUUGGGUAAGCUGCAAGUUUGAAAUGCUUAAUCGGCCAUCUGGCCCUGUUCUUGUUCUCGUAUCGAAGAAAUAGUGCUUGAAAAAGGCACUGCAUCACAGUAGAUCAAAAUGGUUGAAGCUUCGGGUGAAAGUUUUGAUGUGCAAUACACCAGCACCUUCUUAAUUCCCAUUUCUGUAUGUGAACUUGUCAGCUUGAAUAACCAUUUGGAAUUUGUAUCUUGCAAUUUUCUGAUGUUCGUAGUCUUGUGACCUGCAGAAAACUCAAAAAUAUCUCCAGCUUAAGGGAAGUUUUACACAAGCAUUAUCCCGGUCAAGGAAGUUUUGGGGGAGGGGUUCCAGGGGGGUUUUGGAACUCUUUUUAAAGAAUCCAUCCCGGUUCCAUUCUAUGGUCGUAUACGGCCUUUUUAAUAAGAUAAAUGUUGAUGGGAGUAUUCUAACUUGCUUUGUCUUGCUGGUUGAUGGUAGAAAAUGUGGUGCACCUCAGUAGCAUUUAUUUA